AAGCUGUUUAUGAUUAGCAGAUUAAAUGGCUACCAAAGGUUAGCCUUGAUAACGCUAGCGACACAUUUCGUGAUGGGUGGGCUUGCGCUGUACCGUUCUGACUCUUCAUGCAACUUUUGCAGGAGUAAAUGAUACGCAUGCAAUUGCUGGUUGUCCCACAGUAAACUCGGAAACGACAGAACGAUGUCUGGUUUAACCAGACAACCAAUUUCACGUUAGCAUAAGUUUCAAGACUCGGGGACAUCUGAGGAUUCACGUUAGCGACAGUGGCAGGUACCGUAGCAACUGCAGACGCUAGUUUCAGCUACCAGAGCAUGCCAACAACUGACUCGCCUAAUUUACGGGGGAUCAACAGAGCAAACAUCCACCAUGAGACUGAAAACAUCGCUGCUACAAGAACCCAAACAUAAGGAACUUGUGAGUUGUGUUGGCUGGACCACAGCUGAUGAGCUGUACUCAUGCAGUGAGGACCACCAUAUCCUCAAGUGGAACCUGCUGACGAGUGAGACCAAUCUGGUUGUCAAAUUGCCAGAGGACAUUUACCCCAUUGACCUACACUGGUUCCCCAAAGCAGUUGGUGGCAAGAAACAGAACCAGGCUGAAAUCUUUGUCCUUACCAGUACUGAUGGGAAGUUCCACCUGGCCUCCAAGAUAGGGCGCAUUGAGAAGAGUGUUGAAGCACACAAAGGAGCUGUUUUGGCUGGAAGAUGGAACUACGAUGGGACUGCACUUAUCACAGCUGGAGAAGAUGGACAGAUCAAGAUCUGGUCAAAAAGUGGGAUGUUACGCUCAACACUAGCCAACCAGGGGUCUCCUGUGUAUUCUGUGGCCUGGGGUCCAGACUCAGACAGAAUCCUCUACACAUCAGGAAGACAGCUAGUCAUCAAGCCCCUGCAACCCAGCGCCAAAGUCAUACAGUGGAAGGCUCAUGAUGGGGUUGUUCUGAAGGUGGACUGGAACUCAGUCAAUGACCUCAUACUGUCAGGUGGAGAAGACUGUAAAUAUAAGGUAUGGGACAGCUUUGGCCGUCUGCUUUACUCCUCGUCGUCUCAUGACUACCCGGUCACCUCUUUGUCCUGGGCUCCAGAUGGAGAGGUGUUUUCUGUGGGCUCCUUCAACACCCUGCGGCUCUGUGACAAGACUGGAUGGUCCUAUGCGUUGGAGAAGCCCAACACAGGCAGUGUGUUCAGCUUGGCCUGGUCUGCAGACGGCACCCAGCUGGCUGGGGCCUGUGGCAAUGGGCAUGUCAUAUUUGCCCAUGUGGUGGAGCAGCAUUGGGAGUGGAAGAAUUUCGUGAUCACCCUUACCAAGAGGAGAACCAUGCAGGUGAGGAAUGUGAUGAACGAUGCAGUGGACGUAUUGGAGUUUAGAGAUCGAGUCAUCAAAGCCUCUCUGGCAAACGGUCACCUAGUGGUCGCCACUUCCCUCCAGUGCUAUGUCUACAACUCAAGAAACUGGAAUACUCCCCUCAUCUUUGACCUGAAGGAGGGAACAGUGAGCCUCAUCCUGCAAGCGGAGAAAUAUUUUCUGCUAGUUGACGGAGCAGGAUUGUAUACGUUCUCCUAUGAGGCUCGAUUGAUAUCCUCCCCCAAGUUCCCUGGAAUGAGAGCUGACAUCCUAAAUGCCCAGGGUGUCUCACUUAGUAAUGACACCAUUGCCAUCCGAGACAAGAGUGAUGAAAAAGUCAUCCUUCUCUUUGACACUCUGACCGGGAAAGCACUUGGCGAUGGGAAGCCCUUGACUCACAAGCUGGAGGUGGUGGAGAUAGCUCUGGAUCAGCGUGGUCCAUCCACUGAAAGGAAAAUUGCCUUAAUAGACAAGAACCGUGACCUUUACUUGACCUCUGUGCAUCAUCUUGGGCGAGAACCCAAAAUCUGCAAAAUUGGUAGCAUGGUUCACAGUAUGGCAUGGAAUGAUGCCUCUAACAUCCUGUGUGGAGUCCAAGACAACCAGUUAACAGUGUGGUAUUACCCGAGUGCUGUCUUCACUGACAAGGAGUUGCUGCCAAAAACACUGUGCAUAAAGGAUGGCAGCGAGUUUAGCCGUGCACCCCACAUUCUGAGCUAUGUUGGCACGAAGGUGACCUUACGCCAAGGAGACGGUUCACUUGUGUUCAGCACUGUACCUCCCUACCCAGCCCUCCUGCACGAAUACAGCACCUCUGCACGCUGGGAGGAUGCACUGCGCCUCUGCCGCUUCGCCAAGGACCAAUCUUUGUGGGCAUGUCUUGCUUGUAUGGCAAUGGCAAACAGGGAGCUGACUACAGCGGAGAUGGCCUAUGCUGCCAUUGGAGAGUUACCUAGGGUGCAGUACAUCAACUUUAUAAAGGAGCAGCCAUCUAAGGAGUCAUCUUUGGCCCACAUGCUGAUGUUCAGUGGUCAGGUCCACGAGGCUGAGGCCACACUGUUACAAGCUGGUCUCAUCUACCAGGCCAUACGAAUCAACAUUGACCUGUUCAGCUGGGAGAGGGCACUGGAGCUGGCAGUCAAACACAAGACCCAUGUGGACACCGUGCUGGCCUAUAGACAGAAGUUCCUACAGACAUUUGGCAGGAAGGAGACCAAUAAAAGAUUCCUGCAGUAUGCUGAAGGGGUUGAGGUGGACUGGGAAAAAAUCCAGGCGAAGAUAGAGAUGGAGUUGUCUAAAGAGAGAGAGAAAGCUGCUAAUGCCUCUAUGAGGAGUAGCAUGGCUUCACGACGUUAAUGUUCAGGGGACCUUUCUCUAAAACAUCAGCUUUGCAGAAUUUGAUUCCUAUGUGUUUUUAACAUUUGGUGAAGAUUAGGUGGUUUGGCUUGGCCUCAGUAAUAAAAAAAUGUCUGUACUUGCCCACCGUUAGUUAAAACGUACAUGCAAGCAAAAACAAAAGGGACCAUCUGGAGAUGUGAAGAUCAGUAGGCCACGAUUAAUAUGACACUCGACUUACUACAGUCGUGUGGCACAUGUUGCAUAAUGUAAAACAUUUGCACAAUGUUGUACAUGACAUUCUGUUUCUGUGGGUGGAUGAUGUGACAUUUGAACUGUAUCUAUAUUUUUCAGCAACAACAACAAUAUGGCUUUCCAGUCAUAUCAGCUUCUUGGUGAUUUCAGUGUGUCACAUUCAAAGUUGAUUGUUUUCCAUUUGUCAAAAUUAGCUUGGUAUGCUCAGUCAUGCCCAAACAUAUUGCUUUGUUUUUGUCAGUGAUGUUUGAUGUGUUUUUUAUGUAUAGAUAUUUUUACAGUUCAUAUAUUCAUGCCUUCUGUAAACACUAAAAAGAAUGUUGGUUAAUAAAACAGCUGGAAAUGCUGUGUAUAUUCAGCCAAGA